AUGGCCGCUGGCUCCCUAGACACCUGGUCAAGUGCACCUCCAGAACAAGCAGCGAACAUCUUAAAGAAGCUUGUUCUGACCGUGGGCAUUUCUUUGGACCAGCGCCGCAAGAACAUGUCACUUGAGGGGGCUGGUGAUUCUACUCCAGAUGAGCUUUCUAGGACCAUCCAGGUCCAGGACGACUCUCACGGUGGCAAGAAGCACUUCGUUGAAGUUGUGAAGGCUAUAGAUGACGUGAAUGCGUACAAGGUAUACGACAAGCUCCGUGUUGAGAGGAUGAACUGGCACCAGUUAGGAGCUUGGAUGAAGAUGGCUACCCGCAUGGAGAAAGAGGAGAAGAAGUGA